AUGCCCGGCGAAGAUGGCUAUGCUGGCACACCCGGUGAGAAAGGUUGGCCUGGACCACCAGGAGCUCCAGGACCCAUGGGAUUGCCUGGACCAGCAGGACCGCCUGGUGAAGAAGGACCAGCUGGUACACCUGGAACAUGUGUCUGUCAGGAUACUGAAGUGGUAAUGGCCGAUGUAAAUGGAAAAAUACCAGCACCUCGUGAGGAUUACGUUGUGUCAGCACCAAAGCAAGAAGAAACCACAACCCAGAACCUUCAAGAAUUAGCACCCUCCGUCACCAUGGUUGAAGAGGAGUCGUACUCAAACAACGAGAAUGGCGGUUACUACAACCGAAAGUUGAAGAAAAGGAUCCGCCGGCUCCGUCAACACUAG